AGCCCCCGUCUCGCGCGCGCACGCGUCCAUUGCGCUUUCGCUCCCCCACCUUGUCCGCUCGCCUCGCUAUAUAUGCGGCCACUUCAACCCAAGCAACCACCAGCCUGGCCUAUCUUCCUCGUCCUCUUCCUCCUCCUCCUCCUGCCUAGCCUAUUUUGCUUUGGUCGAUUGCUGCUGCUGUGGUGGUGGUGGACUGGUGGUGGCGGCUAGCGAGAUAAUAAGAGUGACUGGAUAGGAUGGCGACGACGGUGGCGGCGAUGUGCGGGGCGGCGGAGGAGCGGGUGGUGGGGACGCACAAGGCGCCCGGGGCGUGCCCGCGGUGCGGCGGCGCGGUGGUGGCCACCGACGUCGAGAGCGAGCGCCGCAUCCUCUGCCUCCCGCUCUGCGUCAAGAGCAAGCGCAAGUACUCCUGCUCCAGGUGCCUCCGCCGCCUCGUCACCCUCUACAGCUAGACAAAACUUCUUGCUACUUUCAUCACAGUGGUUAAUUUCUUGAUUAGGUUCAUUUGCCCUUGAUUAAUUAAGGAUAAUCCAUCCUUCCUUCCUUCCUAGCUCUCGUCUCGGCUAGCUAGUGUGUGCUCUUCUUGUCUAGCAGUACAACUAGUUGAUAGGGACUAGCUAGCUGAUCAUCGGCAGAUGGAUUAAUGUUUCGUCUGGUGCGAUCAACCGUGUGUCUAAUCUUGCGAUCAGCGGACAGCAGAUGUGCCUACAUGUGCAUCACGUGACGCUGUGCGUGCCUGACGCUUUUUGUGUUGGUAUGUUUGUAAAAUUGUAAAAAAUGUAAAUCAGGUGUGUGUAACUAUGUGUUCCCAGUGUCUUGUAUUUACUCCUCCAGUUAGUGAAAACUGAGUGACUAACGUUCUAAGCUUUUAA